GCGAACUCAGCCAGCAGAUCGUCUCGACUGCUCCCCCUGUCCGUCUUCUGAGCCCGGCCAGCACCAGCCCUCUGUCUGCAUUGCAGUACCCGCGCUCGCCAUGUCGAAUCUGCAACGAAAAAAACUCGACUCCCGAAUCCCCGCCCUCAUUCAGAAUGGCGUCCAGAAGAACCACAGAUCGUUUUUCGUCGUCGUCGGCGAUAGAGGCAAGGACCAGGUGGUCACUCUCCACUUUCUUCUGAGCAAAGCCCGAGUGUCGGCUCGGCCCAAUGUGCUCUGGUGCUACAAGAAGGAUCUUGGCUUCAGCAGCCAUCGCCAGAAGCGAAUGAAGCAGAUCAAGAGCCAGAUUGCGCGAGGUAUCAAAGAUCCCGACCAGGAUGAUCCCUUUGAACUCUUUGUGUCCUCGACUUCCAUCCGUUAUGCCUACUACAAGGAAACAGAAAAGAUUCUCGGCAACACCUACGGAAUGUGUAUUCUUCAGGACUUUGAGGCCAUCACACCCAAUUUGCUCGCUCGCACCAUCGAGACCGUCGAGGGCGGCGGCAUCGUCGUCCUGCUGCUUAGAACCAUGACCUCCCUCAAGCAACUGUACACCCUUACGAUGGAUGUCCACAGCCGUUACCGCACCGAGUCGCAGCACGAGACUGUCGCUCGCUUCAACGAAAGAUUCAUUCUUUCCUUGGCCACUUGCGACACCUGCCUGGUUGUCGACGAUGAGCUGAACGUCCUUCCGUUGAGUGCUGGAAAGCACGUCAAGCCCCUUCCGCGUCGCGAGGAGGAGCAGCUGACCCCGGAGCAGCAGGAACUCAAGGAGCUGAAGGCCUCCCUCGCGGACACACAGCCCGUUGGCUCCCUCGUUGGUGCAGCCAAAACACUGGACCAGGCCAAAGCCAUCCUUACCUUUGUCGAGGCCAUCGCCGAAAAGACACUGCGCUCGACGGUGACUCUGACGGCGUCGCGUGGUCGCGGCAAAUCUGCUGCCCUUGGUCUCUCGAUUGCUGCAGCGAUUGCAUACGGCUACAGCAACAUCUUCAUCACAAGUCCCAGUCCCGAGAACCUAAAGACCCUCUUCGAGUUUGUGUUCAAGGGGUUUGAUGCGCUGGGCUAUGAGGAGCAUCUGGAUUAUGACAUUAUCCAGAGUACCAACCCUGAGUUCCAGAAGGCGGUCGUCCGUGUCAAUGUCUUCAAGGAUCAUCGACAGACCAUCCAGUAUAUCCAACCCACGGACCACAACGUUCUGUCGCAAGCUGAGCUUGUCAUCAUCGAUGAAGCGGCUGCGAUCCCGCUGCCUUUGGUCAAGAAUCUUUUGGGUCCCUACCUUGUUUUCAUGGCUUCGACCAUCAACGGAUACGAGGGAACCGGAAGAUCGCUCUCUCUCAAGCUUAUCCAGCAGCUCCGAGAGCAAAGCCGCGGCUUCUCUGAAGCGGGCGAGAACGGUGUGGUCGUCGGACGAGAUGGGAAGCAGAAGAAGGAGACUGGCCCCAACGCCGCUGCGGCCACGGCCUCGGCAGGUGGUCGAUCGCUCCGAGAGAUCAAAUUGGAUGAGCCUAUCCGAUACAGUUCUGGCGACUCAGUCGAGUCCUGGCUCAACAAGCUCCUCUGUCUGGAUUGCAGCACCCCUUCCACCGGCCAAGCUACUCGGGUCGGCGGCUGCCCGCACCCCAGCAAAUGCGAGUUGUACUAUGUCAACCGCGACACCCUCUUCAGCUAUCACCCUGUUAGCGAAGCAUUCUUGCAGAGAAUGAUGAGUCUCUAUGUUGCCAGCCACUACAAAAACAGUCCAAACGAUCUGCAGCUCUUGAGCGACGCACCCGCCCAUCACCUCUUUGUCUUGCUGCCCCCCAUCGACGAGGGAAAGACCACGACGCUUCCGGAGCCGCUCUGUGUCAUCCAAGUGUGUCUUGAAGGCAACAUCGCCAAGGGCACGGCCUUAUCAUCGCUGGCUCGCGGAGUCCGCCAGUCCGGCGACCUGAUUCCCUGGGUUGUUGCCCAGCAGUUCCAAGACGACGACUUUGCCUCCCUCAGCGGCGCUCGUGUCGUUCGUGUUGCCACUCACCCUGACUACACCAGCAUGGGCUACGGAGGCCGUGCGCUAGAGCUACUGGAAAAGUACUACCGUGGCGAGGUCCAAAGUUUGGACGAAGACGCCGAUAUGGACUCUCUCGAGAUCACCCGAGUGUCCGAAGCAGAGCUCCAGAAUGCAACGUUGCAGACUGACGAGAUCAGGGUCCGCGAUCCCGCCACCAUGCCGCCGCUGCUACUGACCCUAUCACAGCGCCCGCCCAAAGAGCACCUCCACUGGCUGGGUGUUUCCUAUGGCGUAACUGCCUCACUUCACAAGUUCUGGAAGCGCUGCGGAUUCUCGCCCGUGUACCUUCGACAAACUGCGAACGACUUGACCGGCGAGCACACCUGUAUCAUGCUCAAGACAAUCCACCGGGCUGGCAGCAGUCUCGACGACGUCAUGGUCGAACGAAACGAUUGGCUUGGCCAAUUUACCUGGGACUUCCGCAAGCGCUUCCUGGAGCUCCUCAGCUACCAGUUCCGAAAGUUCUCACCCGUUAUGGUCAUGGGUGUUCUUGAGAGUGCGCAGACGGGCGAUGUCAAGCGAGGCUCUGGGGCCGAUGCGGCUCUCAUCCGAAGCCAAGGCGAGCUGUACAGACACUUUACGCCCUUUGAUCUGAAGCGUCUCGACUCGUAUGCACAAAACCUGCUCGAUUACCACGUCAUCCUCGACAUGUUGCAUGCGAUUGCCAAGCAGUACUUCCUUGGACAGCUCAAUGCCGAUUUGACUGUUGGCGUAUCCGAGGACUACGUGAAUACCACACAGGCUUUCAAAGAUGAAGCCACCCGUGGAGUGAAGCUCUCUGCCGUGCAGUCUGCUAUUCUCGUGGGUAUGGGUUUGCAAAAGAAAACUGUCGAGGACCUGGAGGCUGAGAUCAGCCUCCCUGUCAGCCAGAUCCUGGCGCUGUUCGCCAAGAUCAUCCGUAAAGUUAGCGCUUACUACCGAGGUGUUCUGGAACGCGAUGCCGAGGAAGAAGUCGAAGCCAUUGUGGGUCAGAAGCCCAAGCGGGACAAUGUAGCCACCAAUGCCAAGAGGCGAGACGUCACUGACGAGGCUGCCUGGGACCCGACCCAAGUGACCCUUGGCGAUGAUCUGGAGACUGCGGGCAACGAAGCCAUGGAAAAGUUCAAAGCCAAGCAGAAGGAAAUCAUCAACGGCAUCGAUCUUGCCCAGUACGCUAUCGGAGGUACGGAUGAAGAAUGGUCGAGCGUCAAGGUUGGGUCGGGGUCCGGCAUCGUUUCGAUCAAGAAUCCCGAGUCAACCAAGAAAAGAAAGCUGACCUCCGGCACGGCCUCGGAGAUGGCUUCCAAGGUCAAAGGCGAGAAGACAGGCAUCUAUGACCCCAAGAAUCUGAUGGCCAAGGGCAAGAACAAGGUCAAAGGGCGUGGAAAGUAGGCCUUUGCAAAGUGACGAGACACUGGCGUUUGGCAACCGCAUCCAAGCAACACAGGCGCAGGUGUCCGGCGCUGGGCAAUUCAGCGCUUGGGCAGCUGAGGCAGUCCGCCCUGUAGAGCACCUGGUGACUGCUCUCGAUCGUGAAUAUACACGUACGCUCCCUGUACCCAUUGAGCACA